AUUGAGAGGCGCGAGUGGAUAGUUUACUGCAGCAUUCAAAAGCGUGGGCCCGCGCUCCGGAUUGUCGCAACGCCCAGCUUCGCGACUCCAAAGGACUUUUUCUCUCUCCGGCCACUCCCGUCAAGACGAGACCUCGCCCCUCAUGGCUGAAUACCGCUAUGGCACGCAGUCCGAUGCGUUUGCGGCCGAGAAUGACCUGCACCACGCUCCCAGUCACGAGAAAAAGAGCAGGAAACUGAGCAUAGGGAGGGAUCCCUCGAGCGAAGACCCGAACGAUGCCGACGACGUCCUGGCCGCCAUGGGCUACAAGUCUGAGCUGGUGCGAUCACGGUCAACGCUGCAGGUGGCCUUCAUGUCAUUCGUCUUAGCGUCCAUACCGUACGGUCUAGCCACAACUCUGUACUACCCUGUAGUCUGUGGUGGGCCCACCAACAUCAUCUGGGGUUGGCUCGGUGUGUCCUGCAUCAUCGUCUGUGUUGCUGCAUCCCUGGGUGAGAUCACGAGCGUCUUCCCGACAAGCGGCGGUGUUUACUACCAGACGUUCAUGCUGGCGCCGCCGUCUUAUCGAAAAAUCGCAUCCUGGAUCUGCGGGUGGUCUUUCGUAGUUGGCAACAUAACCAUCACCCUCUCGGUCAAUUUCGCUACCUCGCUCUUUCUCGUGGCUUGCAUCAACGUCUUCGAAAGCUCACCUGGCGUCGGCAUCCUCUCCGGUGAACCCUACCAAAUCUACCUGAUCUUCCUUGGUAUCACGCUCAUUUGCAAUCUUGUGUCCUCCCUUGGAAACAAAUGGCUGCCAUGGCUCGAUACUUUUGCCAUCUUCUGGACUUUUGCCGGUGUCAUCGCCAUCAUUGUGUGUGUGCUAGCCAUUGCGAAAAACGGCCGCCAUAGCGCCACUUACGUCUUCACCGAGUUCGAUGCCUCUAACUCUGGAUGGGUACCUGGAUGGUCUUUCUGUGUUGGGUUACUCCACGCAGCCUAUGCGACCUCGUCGACUGGAAUGAUCAUCUCGAUGUGUGAAGAGGUUGAACACCCUGCGACACAGGUUCCCAAGGCCAUGGUCGCCACAGUUGUGCUCAACACUAUCUGCGGCCUUGUGUUCCUCAUUCCUCUUGUCUUCGUCUUGCCCGACCAAGCGAUGCUCGCGGGUCUUCUCUCAGGCCAACCGACCCCAGUCAUCAUCAGGGAUGCCGUCGGUUCCCCGGGUGCAGCGAUCGGUCUGCUCGCCCCGCUCCUCGUUCUCGGAUUCUUCUGCGGUAUUGGAUGCACGACUGCUGCGUCCCGAGCCACUUGGGCGUUUGCUCGCGAUGGUGCUAUCCCAGGGUACAAGCUGUGGAAGGUCAUCAACACGAAGCUCGAUGUUCCUCUGAAUGCCAUGAUGCUCAGCAUGGUCGUCCAGCUUCUGCUUGGUCUCCUCUACUUCGGAGCCGCCGCUGCUUUCAACGCUUUCUCCGGUGUCGGCGUCAUUUGCCUGACUGUGAGCUACGCUAUUCCAAUCAUUGUUUCCUUGAUUGGCGGACGCAAGCAGGUCAAGACGGGUAGCUUCCAUCUCGGAGCUCUGGGAACCUUCUGCAACGUCAUUGCCAUUGCCUGGUCUCUCCUCGCCACACCCCUUUUCUCCAUGCCGACUUAUCUUCCUGUCACUCCUACGUCAAUGAACUACGCCUCUGUGGUUUUCGCAGCUUUCUUCCUCAUCGCCACCGUGUGGUACUUCGUCUGGGGCAAGAAGAACUACGAGGGUCCUCCCACGCAUGAGGAUGCCGUUCUGGUAGCCAGGAGAGCCAGCACGAUCAGUGCUCGAAGCAAAUAAGCAACAUAUCCGCGUUUUGUAUAUGCAGGU